CUUCAGUCCGCUACGGCGCUAGGAUACUAUAUCGCCGUCAGCGCUAGAGCUUCAGUCUGCCUUUCUCGGAGUCCAACUUCAAGCUAGGCCAAGCCGGGCGCCCUUGUGCCCAGUACGUUGGGUGGACUUUCAUUGCCAGGCCCUGCUCACCCAGCCGAAAUCACAUUGAGCCCUCGCUGGAGGCAAGAAGCGAUGGCAUCGGUGCCGUAUGAGGAGGCACUGGCCACCCUUCAGAGCAUGUUUGGAGGCCUUGACCGAGACAUCAUCAUCGAUGUCCUGGAGCAGAAUGGGUGUCAGAUGGAGCCCACAGUGGAUGCACUUCUGAUCCUCAGCGGCGCACAGGGGGCCAGCCCGAGGGAGGGGCAAGUGGGCGGCAAUUCUGCAAAGCUCAGGCAGAGCACGCGGCGAAGUUUCUCAAGUAAUGACCCUGUCCGGAGAACAUCUGCUGAGGCGGGACAUCGAUUAGAGGGCUUUGGAUCAGGGGAGCCGCAUCCGAAAGAAGAAUACGAAGAUGCUCUAGUGAGUGGAAGCCUAAAAGAGAAGGUAGCGACUGCCCCCAGCCGAACCAUUUCAGCAGGCAGCGCCGCUAUGAGGAAGCUGACGGAGGUCUUGGCGGAUUGGGGCCUCACGUCUAGGAGAAGCAGCAGCGAAUACUCGCUCGCCCACGAGAACGAGUACCGCACCAGCGCCCUCGACGAGGACCGCCCCUCCGCGAGCACUUCGUACGCCCAAACGGCCGGGCAGCUGUUGGACACGGUACAGACCGCGACCGCGAACGCCAUCGGCGGCGUCUCGUCGUCCUUCCGGAGGGCGAGCGACGUGAAGCAUCGGCAGCGCGCGGGACGCGAGGGGCAGUCGCUUCUAGCGCACGACGACGAUUUUGAGGACGGGGCAGUGCUGAGUAAACAGGAGACGAGGAAAGAGGAGUCGCGGUCACUCAAUAGUGGAUGGGAAGAAGACGAGGAAGAGGACGAGGGGUUCAUUAAGAAGGAGCACUGAGGGGCCGGGGCUUGGGCGUAGCGGCGGCCUUUCACGAGGUUAACAGUUGAAACCAUCACGUGUUGUACAUUAGAUGGUAAGAUAGCAAGCGGGGGGCGUCGGAUUCGCUUGUAGUAGAGAGCUUCGCGAUGUACAUAGCUGAGGCUAAGGUGUACAGAGCCUGCGGUUUCCGUAGGAAAGUGAGUCGGGUCUUACAAAGAUCUUCACAGUAACUCGCCCUUAAUGGGUCCAGCGGGAGACUCCCAGUUGGUUCCAAGAGCGAGAGAAGUGAAUUCUAGUCCGGUCAGGACUGCGGUUCUGGCACGUCCAAGUCCAGAGUUUUAGUACCAUCUUGACCCAUCAGGGAGAAGCCUCGCUGAACGGACAAAAGUCUUUGGAGGCCUGACCCGUCUGAUUGCGCAUGAGUCACUCAUGCAACCAGAACUCAGCCUAUCCAAGCGGAUCAUGCUACGCUGGCAUGUCACAGUGCA